CUCUCGGCGCAUGCGCACGCCGCGUUGUCUGGCAGUGGUAAACAGACGUCAGAAGGGAGUCUUCGCCUCGAGUCAAAACAAAACAAAACAAGAAAGAUCUACGAGGAAUAGCUGUUUGUUUAUCUUCAUUAACAGCAGAAGAGAAGCGAUUCCGCGGUAAUUUCAACAAACCGCCAAGUUAUUGAAGAGAAGCGGGUUUCUUCGACUUUUACCGGAGGGAUAAUAACUCAUAAAAACUGGAGUUGGCUAACUAGGUGACCAUCUAGUUACUCUCGCAGUAGUAAAACUACGCUUUUGAGUUUUGUCCCAGAGGCCGAGUAGCCGGCGAUCGAGUUCAAGAAGCGGACAGGCGGCGCCUUUUUGUCUUUUCGGAGAACACAUCGACCGUUAUUGGCAUACUGGAAGCCUUCAACGGAACGGAUUCGCUCGGCGCGAGCGAGCAUCGUGUGUAGCCGCGUCUCGAGGAACAUGGCAGAUGGUGGCACGCGCCAGCACACAGCGUGGAGGACCGUGCACACUUGAACGAAAAUAACACAGCUUUUUUAUUGUAUGGUAAAAACUACCCGUUAUGAUAGCGCACUCCUGUAGGAUAUUGUCUUUGUACUUUUUAUUUUUUUUUAAAUGUAAAAUUUUGAUCGUUAUGAUUUAAGUUUUACGUACGGAUUAUUUUGGCGAUUUAACAAUCUUGCUUAACGCAUUUAAGUGGGGUGCACUUAAAUCAUUUUAAACCUAUAUUUUUUAUGUUUUUAACCUCGGAAUGGAUCCCGAUUAAUUAAAUAACGUGACUUUGUUGACUUUGACAGGCAGCUGUAACAAGUAAUUCCCAUCCACUUGAAUUCGUUUACAAGGACAGUAUUCUUACAUAGUAUAGAAAUACACUCAGUUUACAGGAAAGAUUAGUGUACGACUUGAUGCGAUCAUAUUAAGGUGAUUUAUUGCUCUUUUUGUUGAGUUUGUAAGCUGGUUUACUCGUUUUUUCCUGUCUAAAGUCUAAUUGCGAAAGCCAAUCAACCAUUAGCUGCUAUAAUAGGAACCAGUGGGAGGUGGUUAUUUUAGCAAUUACAGCGCAUCUUAUGAUUGGUUUUGCGAUUUCACCUACUUCAAUGCCUCAAUUAGAUUUUUUUUUUCGGUAAAAGAGUGUUUAAUUAUAUACAACAGUUCAUAGCUCAUCCUUUGUCACUCCAGGGCGUCCUCCUUUACUGUGGUUUAUCUUUUGACAAUCCAGCUGUUUUGAUGUGUAGUGAAUUUCCUUUGUUCUUUCUCCAUUAAACAAAGAGACCCCCUUCUAUCCUCGUUUCCUCUAUGUAAAUCAGAAGGUUUAUGUUAGUUACUAUUAAGGAGAUUAUUUGGCCCCUUUAAUCUCCAAUCUGAGGAUUAACUGACGCUAUAUUGGUGUGUUCAGAUUAUUACGAAUGUGCUCCGUUACGCUCCAGACAGUCGCAGUUAAAUUCAGUACGGAUGAUUUAUACUGUAGUGUAAUAUAUUAAAGAAGAAAAAAUAUUUUAAAAACAAGAUUAUUUUACUUUUGGUAUAAAUAGUCGUACUCUUACUUUUCAUCGGCCAGUCUUUUUUUUUUAUUUUUUUUUUACUUCUCAUCAAAACUUGUUCAGUGAAAUCCAGCCUUUCUCUGAAAUUAUCUGGAUUGCAUCUCAUAAUGGAGGACGAAAACAUACCCCCGAUUGACCCAGAUUUUGAGCCGCAGAGCAGACCGAGGUCAUGUACAUGGCCGCUGCCUAGACCCGACAUCUCAGCUGUCAAAACUGGGGGGGCCGACGGCUCAGAGUCUGCUGCUGGAACUCCACCCACCGAGGAAGAUAAACACGAGCCUCAGCCAAUCAUAUCCGAGCCUGAGAAAGUUGCGGUCUUGGAAGGCGGGAUUAUCGCUGGAGUGGGCGGAGCUACGCCUCGGAAAGGCUCUUCCAGGCGUAAUGCCUGGGGUAAUCAGUCCUACGCGGAUCUGAUCAGCCAGGCGAUUGAAAACUCGCCAGAAAAACGACUUACUCUGGCGCAGAUCUACGAUUGGAUGGUCAAAACAGUGCCUUAUUUUAAGGACAAAGGAGAUAGUAACAGUUCUGCUGGGUGGAAGAACUCCAUUCGCCACAAUUUAUCUCUCCACAACAAGUUCCUGCGAGUGCACAAUGAGUCGACUGGAAAGAGCUCUUGGUGGAUGCUUAACCCCGAGGGGGGCAAAACCGGCAAAGCCCCUCGCCGCCGCGCCGCCUCAAUGGACAACAGCAGCAAAUUGCUUAAAAGCCGUAUGCGCGCAAAGCAGACUAAAAAGCAGGCCGGAGCGGCUGGGAUCGGAGGCUCUGGAGGUUCCCUGCAGGGUGAGGGUGCCUCCGGAGCUGGUGGUGCGGACAGUCCCGGGUCUCAAGGUCAGUUCGGAAAGUGGGGAGUGAACAGCAGCAGCCCUUCCUCUCGUGGCAGCCUGGACGACCCGGACAUGUGGACGAGUUUCAGGCCACGUACAAGCUCCAAUGCUAGCACUCUGAGUGGGAGGCUUUCUCCCAUAGCCACGGGGCAGGAGGACGAGGAUGACCUACCUGAGGACGGUCUUCUUAGUGGCUAUUCCACAGGGAAUCUUCCCCCAACACUAACUGAGACGCUAAUGGAAGAGCUGGAUUUGAUUGACGGGCUAACGUUAAUGACAGGUCCGCAAGGUGGUGCGAGCCCUAGCACAGCUCCUCCUGCCCCACCUCAGCCUUUGCCCUCGGCAUCCACCCUGCUGCCCCGAGUGUCCAGCUUUCCUUCAUUUCGGCAGCUGCAGCAAUCAAAGGCUACACAGGGAUCCACUCCGCCAGGGUCGCAGAGCUCUGUUCAACCCAGUGCUGGAUCGAGCACAAGCCAGUCAAGUUUUGGAAAUUCGCUUUUCAGUCCUCUGCCCGGUCCGGGUCACAGUGGUUUUAGCACUCACGUGCCCUCCAGCCUCGAAGCGCUCCUGAUCUCCGAUUCGCCCCCACCCAGCGAUGUUAUGAUGACCCAGAUGGAUCCUCUUAUGCCGAGCCAAGGAGGUGGCGGGCUUUUGGGGCUUGGGGGAUCUAUGUCCAGCAGCCGAGCUAAGGCAGGCCAGAUGUUGCUGAGCAAAGGCAUUGACACAAGCGCAGUGGGGCUGAUGAGCCUCCAGCCUCAACCCCAACUCCAGCACUCACAGAUGGGCUUUGGAAUGAUGCACUCGGCCAUGAGCCAGGAACCACCUCAGCUUGCAGCUAUAAAGAACCAGCAUCAGGUGCCAGGCGCUGGGAUUCUGCAGCACGGAGGUGUCCCAUCACCCGGUGGGAACGGAGGCCUGCAAGGUCUAGGCCAGUUUGCAACACCGACCUGCUUCAUGCCCUCCCAGGACCGUCUGCCUACAGACUUGGAUAUCGACAUGUUCACUGAAAACCUGGACUGUGAUGUGGAAUAUAUUAUCAACAGUGAUCUUAUGGAUGGAGAACUGGUUGACUUCAACUUUGACCCCAUCAUACAGGGCGGACAAGGCUAUACUGGGCCAGCAACCCAACAGAGCGCCUCCCACAACUGGGUGCCCAGCUAACUUCAUUAUUAAAGAUGGUAACAGGAUUGUAAAUAAGACAUCCAUAAGACAACAUUUAGAAACAGAUGCGGCACAUUGUCUGAACAUAUUCAAAAAAUUUUGCCUCUGCAUUUGCCAUCGUACCUCAAAUAAAUAAACUGCUCAGCUAAGGACAAUACACACGUCAAGUGCCAAUGUCAACUGAAGAGUGUGCUGUUGAACACAGAGAUCGUGGUUUUGAAACGUAAAUUUUCUCUCUUUUUUUUGUCUUAUAUGUGCAACAUUUUUUUGGCCAAUCUUGGACUCCAGUAGCACACAUAAUAAACAGCUAUUCAUGUUUAUCACAUUUAUGCCUGUGAUGCAUAGUGUAAGAUGGAGAUGGUACUCCUCCUUGGUCUUCUUCAACCUGAUAAUGGAACCCCUUCGGCCAGGAAGAUCAAACUUUUCAGCUUUUCUUGAUGUGAACUUUUGUUUGUUGAACAGAAGUGGAGAAGUCCGAGCAGCCGACAUCGAUAGAGUGAUUUUCACAGCUGACCUGACGUUGCUGUUGUUCUCAGCCCCCUUCUGAGCAUGAAAACAACAUUGCACCACAAGAAUGUUAAGUUGAGAACAACGUUGAGUGGCGACUGACCACAGAGCACAGCUGAACUGUUAAGGUGUGCUCGCUCUAUCUCAGUGCUAUGAAGCAUCAAGGUUUCAAGGUGGUUUGGUGACGCUGUGGUGUUCAAUGUGCAAUUCGUUUGGCUUUUAUGACCUCUGCUCUCACAAAGUGAUGUGCUGAAGAGGCUAAUAACUGAAUGAUGAUUUAACUGUCUGCUCUUAAGUGUUUGUUAGUGAUAACAACAGUAUGAAGAAAUGUGAUUAUCCAUAGGGCAUUUUGAUGCAUUUUUAAUCCUGCCAACAGGUUAAAUGGUAUAGUGUUAUAGUUGGAAACUGUGCCCUUUUGCAGAAUGCAAUACCUGAAGAUUUACUUUGUGUGUGUGUGUGUGUGUGUGUGUGUGUGUGUGUGUGUGUGCACAGGAGGAUAUGUGUGUACAUUUGUGUGCCUGCAAAUUUGUUUAAUGCUCUUAAAACUUGAUUCCAACACACUGACAACAGAAUUCAAGGUUACGCUGAAUCAUUUAAAUUAAGCGCAGAAGAAAGAUCUUGAAGAAACAUGGCUACAAUAACGAGAUGUUAUGGUUCCUCUGGCAUGUUUGACUGUGUCCGCAGAAGCACAGAAGAAAAACUAUUUUCUCCGUUUUUCAUAAACGGCACUACUCCUAUUUUAAAUAUAUAUAUAUAUAUAUAUAUAUAUAUAUAUAUAUACAUUUAUUAUACUACAAAAACAGUUGGGCAUAUUAACUACAAUUCUAAUUUAGAUUGGGGUGUUAUCGUUAACAGACUAAUAAGAAAUAGCUGUUAAUGAUUUUUUAAUCUGAGCAGAAGCUAUUUCAGAUCAUUUUUAACGGUCAUUUUCUAUGUAAUCUUUUAUUUUUGUAAAAGAUGAAAUGCAUAUAGAUUUUAUACAAUAACCAAAGGAACACUAAGAACUGCACGUUGGAUGGACGGAAGCACUGCAGUGCGGAUAAGCUUUACGAAACCUUUCUGAAAGAUCUAUGUAAACUAAAUCCUAAUUUGAUUGAUUGCAUGAGGACAUUUAAGAGAAUACAAUUCAUCGAAAGUUUCCAUUUGCUAGAGUUGUUUGUGCUAAACAGAAAAUAUAUAUAAAUCUUGAUUUGCUAGGUUGCUUUUUAAUUGUCUAGGCAAUGAUUUCAUCUCAAAAUGCGAGACUGGUCCAACUGAAAAUGAUUAAUGCAAUGUUUCACUCUCAGGGUUAUGAAAAAUAACAAUUUAAACAAUUUAUGCAAGCCAUCAUCACGUAGAUAUUUUAACACUGCAGAAAUAUAUCUAAUGUUGCAGUUUAUUAUUAGAGAUUUAUCUAAUGUAUGCAUUUGUAGAGUUCCUACAAAACUUUGUAAACUGCCAAUGAACACUAUAGCAUGUCACUCCAGAGAAAACCAUUCAGUUUUAAAGCCCUUUUCUUUUCAACUUGUACCUUUAAUCUGUAAUAGAAAGGUUGAUUUUUAAUUCAUUAUUUGGCCAGAUGGCUUUUGCGCAGUUUAAAACCAGCGUUCUUUUGGUGUAUAAAUUGGCUUUAAUUUGAAAGCUUGAUAUUAGUAACUCUUAUCACAUCAAUGUAGUGAUCUGAGCACAUUAGAUUACUUGUUAAAGUGCUCUCUCCUUACAGAGAAAUCAUUGUAAUCCUAUUCAUCGGUGCUAGAUGUUAAAUAUGAAAAUGAAAGAGGGCCAUAUUUGAUUGGUGCAUAUGUAGAUAUCAGGGCCUUUAAUAAUUUUAUGCAACACAUAUUAAGUACAAUUUCUUAAUGUAAAACAUUGUAUGAGAAAUGUACCUAUGUGUUUUAAUUCCCAAACUCUCAGUUUUUGUAUAUUAUAAAAGAAGCUGUGAAUGGGGAAGGAGGGGCUUGGCCAUCUCACGAAUGGUGGAAUAUUUAAUACAGCGAUUAAUCAACCGUUUACAUCGAUGUGCUUGUCAUUUGGGGCAUCUUUUCUCAUGUUUUUUUAAAUUUUUUAUGUUUGUACAUGUAAAACAGCUCCUGGAUGUCUAAGAGUGAUAGUUAUUCCUGCCUGGUACAUCUUUCAGAAAGCUUCAAGGCUGACGGUCACCUUUGACAUUUUCCUGUGUCACUUGAGUGUUGAUUUGAAAGUGAUUUUUCGUGGUUAACACCCUGGCAUUGUUUAAUUUCUCAAAGUACAGAUAUUGAAUAUUGUAUUCAUCACAGGGCUUCUGCAUGAAAUGCAGGAAUUCCACACCUUCCCUCUUUCCAAAUCACUCUCACUUUUCUUGUUUGAUAUUAGCCUUCUUCCUAUGGUAGUCAUUCUUUAGUUCCUUUCAUUUUCUAAGAGAGUUUGCUAAGUAUCCCAGUUGAUAACACAGAACAUUAGUUUAUGGUCUAGGUUGGGUUUUUUUCUCUUUUGUUUUGGGUUAUAUGACAGGAUGUAAAACUGACGAGUUGUGCAUAGCCAAUAUACUGUAUAUGUACUUGAUUGCUUUUUUUUUUUUUUGCUCAAUUCAUUUUGUUCCCCCAUAUUUUGUUAGUCAGAGAUCAUUGAAAGCAGUUCAGCAUAAUAGAAAUAAACCUGACCUGUUCAAUGUUAAGUUGA